AGUAAGAGGGGGGAGAGAGAGCAGGUAUUUGCUGAAAAUUGUUAUGUUUUGAUUGAAUAUUUCAAGACUAAAGCAGGCAAACAAGUUGAAAGUGUUGCCCAGGAAAAGUUGGCAAUCAUUAGGCCUUUCUGAAGAACAAAAACUGAAAAAUGUCAAGAAGGAGGAAACUGGUGGUAAACUCCACAUUUGAUGAUGACCACAAAGAGCUGCAUCCGUCAGAUGAUAACAGUCGCUUUUUUGCAAAGGGUAGAGACUUUGAAAGUCGCUACGUAAACCACAAGUACACAAAACAGGAACGUGAACUAUUAGCAACAUACGAAAGCUUAGAUUACCUUCCGCCUCACAGCCAUGCUUACAAGAGUUGGCUUCGAAAACAGCCGGCGAGGUUGGAGUGGGAUCGUUGGCUAAUGAUGGCAUUCAUUGGAUUUUCUACAGGUUUCAUAGGCUUUCUGUUACAUCAAGCUAUUGAUCUUAUAUCAGAUUAUAAAUGGGAAAAAACAGAAGAAUAUCUGAAGGAAAGCUACAUCAAGUCUUGGGGCUGGUUGUAUGGCAUCAGUCUUGCAUUGGUACUCAUUGGUAGUAGUAUUGUUGUGUUCCUGAGACCAUCUGCUGCUGGGUCUGGAAUGCCGGAAUUAAUCGGUUUUCUGAAUGGUACGCUGGUACGAAACAUCUUCAAUAUUAAGACAUUGAUAGUGAAGUUUUUCUCCUGCUUGUGUGCUGUUAGCAGUGGAUUACCUGUUGGCCCAGAAGGACCCAUGAUUCACAUGGGAUCUUUGAUUGGAUCAGGAUUGAGUCAGUUUAAGUCAAGAACAUUAGGUUGCACUCUGCCAUUCUUUGAACGAUUCCGCAAUCCUGAAGACAGACGCAACUUUAUUUCGGCGGGAUCAGCAGCAGGUGUGGCAUCUGCAUUUGGCGCACCUGUCGGGGGUCUGCUGUUUGCGAUGGAGGAGGUGUCGUCUUUCUGGAGUAUGAAACUCUCUUGGCAAAUUUUCUUCUGUUGUAUGAUAUCAACAUUUACCACAGAUUUGUUCAACUCAGCAUUCCAAGCCUUUCGUUACCAGGGACAAUUCGGUUUAUUCACAUCAGAAAAAUACAUUCUUUUCCAGGUUCGCGAAGGCUUAGAUGUAAACAUUCUUAUGUUCUUCCCGACUGUUAUUAUCGGUGUAAUUGGUGGCGUUCUUGGAGGCCUGUUUGUAUUUUGUAAUCUUAAGAUGGCAAGAUUUCGGAGAGCCAAGUUAGCAAAAAUAGGGGAUCCACUGAAGAAGAAGUUUGUUAGGCUUCUCGAACCCUGUAUCAUUAUUACAAUAGUAGCAACAGCCAGUGUGUUUUUACCAGCUGCAUUUGAUUGUAGUCCUCUAACAUGUUACUAUGAAAAAGAGAAUGCAAAACCUUCGAAAGAAUUUAGUCUUAAAUGUUUGGACUCUGCCGCAGGGUUUACCGAAAGCAGUGUCAGCCACUACACAUGUCCUGAAGGAACUGUCAUAAGAGAAGGCGAGAACAUUACAUUCUCAAAUGAUACAUUCAAUCAGGUUGCCACCUUAUUGUUUGUGACUGGUGAAGAGGCUAUCCACCAUCUCUUCUCUCGGGAAACACACUGGGAGUUCACCUUUGGCCCUCUGUUUACGGUACUUAUAUUUUAUUUCAUCAUGGCUUGUUGGAGCUGUGGACCAUCCAUUUCCAGUGGAUUAGUUGUACCUAUGCUAUACAUUGGCGCCCUCUAUGGUCGGAUAAUAGGUUUAGUGAUGGUAACAUUGUUUGGUGUGCAUUCGACAGCUGAUUCCUAUUGGGCGUGGAUGGAUCCAGGAGCGUUCGCCCUCAUUGGUGCUGCAUCAUUUUUUGGGGGCGUAUCUCGCCUGACAAUGUCUCUUACAGUCAUCAUGAUGGAGAUCACUAAUGACAUUCAGUUUCUGCUUCCAAUCAUGGUUGCUAUUAUGGUCGCUAAGUGGGUUGGAGAUGCGUUUACCCAUCCCAUCUACCACGCCCUUCUUGAAGUCAAAUGUAUUCCGUUUCUUGAUUCAGAACCUGUAAUAUUUCAUGAUGCAUAUUUAAAAGUGAGUGUGGAAAACGAACUGUGUAUUUUACUCUCUCACGAAUCACUGUUUGAGCGAACAGACGCAGCACAAGAUGAUCAAAUAGAAAUUCCUAAGUUAGAUUACCAACAGGUUGCUGUAGAGAAUUUAGAAAACGCAGAACUUUUGGAGGAGCGUUUGCAUCAGUAUUGUGAAGAGGAUCUUUUUCAAAAUCUAACUAUUGACCUGAAACCAUACAUAAAUAUGUCCGCACCAUGCAUUCCCAACUCAUUUUCGCUCCACCGGACAUAUAUAAUAUUCCGUACACUCGGUCUUCGUCAUCUCACCGUGGUAGAUAAUCAGAACUGCGUAGUGGGAAUGAUUUCACGCAAAGACCUGAUGGGAUACAAGAUAGAAGAGAAGAUCGCUCCUGUACUAGAACGAUCACAACGAGUGGCAAUAAAUCCGGUUGAAAUGGUUGAUAACCCAAGCAGUGCUUUUUGUUCUUGUGGAUUUUUGUGCUCAUCCUGUGUUAAAUGCUGUGUGAGUACUUUUGUGCAUCUCAAUGUCUGGUGCCACAUAUCUUUGCAGAUGUGAAUUAUCUAUUUUUAUAUCUCAUCAUCUAUUUAACUUCAUCUUUCCACCUGUACAAACAUGGUUUGUGAAUUCCCUAGUCUGAUGAAUAGACCUCUCAAUCUUCAACAUGUCUGUCUAUUUCUCUAUCUAUACAUCUAUCUCUCGUUUAUCCAACUUCAUAUAAUAAAAAUUAUAAAACACCGUCUACCACUCUAUGUACCUGUCAACAGUUUCUGUCUACCUGUCGACAGUAUCUGUUUACCUGUCGGCAGUAACUGUCUACCUGUUUAUCUUUAUAAAGUCUCUCUCAUCAUCUAUAAUUUCUUGUAUCUGUUGGUUUACUAAUAUACUUGUCAUUGUUAGUGUGUGUUAUCUUAAGUAAGCAUAGUCAUUUAGUUCACAAACAUAUUAUUGUUGAUAGUUUUACAUUAUAUUUAGUUGAUAGGUUACUCACUUGUUAUUCAUAUAAAUAUAAAAUACUAUAAUAAUUUUUUUUACUAACAAGUAAAUCUAUGGUAUCAUAUUUUACCCAUUUUUACUUUAUAAAUAGAUAGACAUAUACUGUAUUACUGAGGAAAUUAAUAUAUAAAAUAAUAAUUAAAUACUUAAUACUGUAAAAAUAAGGACAUUUAUUGAUAAUGAUUUUACUUAUCAUAAUAAUAAUCAUAUUAAUGAUAAUAAUAAUCAUAAUUUUGAGCAUUGUUUAAAGAAUAAUGCAUAUUUAAAACAAUAAAUAAAUUGACAUAAAAACCAAUCAUAAUUGAUCUUAAUUCAUUGAAGCUUUUGUCAUUUGAAUAUGACGACAUCACAAUAUUGUCAAAUCAAAAGAUAGUCAGUGUGCCCCAUCAUCAUGUGCGCCUUCAUCAUCUUGUAUAUCUUGUGCACUUGUCCCAAGUCGGUUUCCUGUUAAUUAUUUUGGCGUCGUCCG